GCUGCAGUUGACGUCGCCUAAUGCAGUUCCGUGCUCCAGCUCCUUCCAAGAGAAAAUCAAAGGUUGGAACCUUGUUUCUCGCCCACCCAAACACAAUCUCCGUCCCCGCCACCUCUUCGCAACGCAUUCUCCUCUUCAGUUUCGACAUUGCACGAGAACUCUUAUCGUAAAUAUCAAUGUUAUAUUGGUCUCGCCUUUAAACUCCAUCGCUUUGUCGAACUUGCCCUUAUCACUGGUUAAGAUGGCGGCGAAAACUGAAGAUGGAAUAUCAGACAGCUAUCGUAACAGCUUGUCGGAUGACGAAGACCCUGCUAGGUACGAGACACCAGAGAGCUAUCAAAGAGACAUACCACAAACAGCCAUAGGCUAAAGAGGCAAUAGCAAAGAUCCUGCGAAGGAUAAGAUGGCAAAAAUCCCACCCAAGGGAAUCUUGAAACAACCGAAAGCAAAAGGCAAAGCUCGUCUUCAACCACCACAUUUGAUUGCUUAUGAUGAGGACGAGGCCCCACUGCCCAAGCCUUUUGAUAUCGACCCUAAAGGAUUAUUCAAUGACGGUUUUGAAGAGGGAUCGCGAGUAAAGAAUUUCUUCGGCGAAUAUUCUGACAUCCAGGCGGGCUUUGCCGAAUUGUUUGGAAGUGUCCCGGUGUUCAAACCGAAACCGAGACCCAAGGCAUCAGCGUCCGGGUGGGGUAGACUAUUUCGUUACGAUCCUUUCUUAUCCCUCCUGUUCAGUAUGAUUCAGGAAGCUGGGAUCAAUUUCCCUCCGCCGGAUGGGUUUUUGGAUGAGUGUAUAGGCUACGAAGUGGAUUAUAUUCGAUUGGCAUAUACACCGUAUCAACAACCUCGCCCAUUUGGCAAGACAUUGGGACUAAGACCUCAUCCAGCCCCCGUAAGAAAGGGUGCCCGCGGGAGCUAUUGGUAUGGCAUCCCAGCGAAAGAAGAGGAAAAGGAGUUUCCAAAGAAGCCCGAAAGAUGGGAUAGUUUUUGGAGCGAAGCCUCCAAGUUUCUGUUCGAUGCAAAGACCCCUAAGCGUUCGCAUAGCAAUAUGUCUAAAGAUACAAAGUCGAGCGGAGGGGAAGGCGAAUCAUCGAGGCGCAGUCCCAAGGUUUCAUUCGUAGAUCUACCAGACGACAGUUCUAUGGACUGGGAUACUAGUACUAUUGGCAACGACGAGAGAAGCGACCAAAUCGAUAACACCCAGCAACAGGCCACAGCUGAGGACGCCACAGCUCAGUGCCUAGAUCCUGAUCUUCCUUUUUACGGCCCUCUGAAUUUUGAGGAACAUUUGCAGGCAUACCUGGCGCGCCGGAGGGAGCAGGAUGAGGCCCGUGAGCAGGCGGCCCGCGACAGCAUACAGCUCAGAGGUCCCGGUCGUCACCCGAACAUGAUCACAAUAGAACAAAUGAUCCGAGAAGUGAAAAGAGAGAAGAAAUUGUACUGGCGCGCAUACCAGAAGACACGCAAGAUAUUGAGAAUGAUAUGGGAGAGACUAAAAUAGUACAUGUUCCUUAUUCAGGUUGUCCUGUUCCCAGAAAUCUUGCUCUCUGCUCGAGUUGAUCGCUAUUCCUUCUUGUCUUAAUACCUUCUAGGUCAUUUGGGACCAUGGUUGGCCGCAAACUAGACGUAUUCGCUGCAGUCAGCUAGUCGUCUAGAAAGGAGCUGAUACGUCCCCGCAACAUUUCUACUACUCUUCAUUUCUGUUUCUUGCAUGAUUUUUCAUCUCCCUCCUACCUCAACAACUUGAUGCCCGUGAGCCUGUUUGUUCAGGCUUCCACGUCAAUGAGCCAUGGUAGAAUCUUAUCCAAUAGCGUGGAUAUAAUAUCACUCGAAAGCCUUUGUUAAUAUACAUCUUGUUAUUAAAAUUGCCGUUCUCUUGCUGCUAGCUUUCUGAGUGUCAUUGUGAGAGUCCAGCUCUCACAAUCUUUUAGAUCAG